UCAAAUAUUUGUGUGGGUGUGUGGGUGUUGCAGCCUGUAGCUUAUUGCCAUAUUCGGCAUGGCCAUAGAGGGCGCUCGCAGCUUGAAUCAGAAUUUUGGAAUUCCCGUAUCAGCUUGAAUUAGAAUUUUGGAAUUCCCGAAUCGGGCACUUGUUAAUUUGCUGUCGACUAGAAAGCAGGUGUUACACAAAUUAGUUAAACUUUUAAAAGAAAAAGAAAAGAUGCCAAACAAGAGAAAUGCCGUAGGAUCGCCAUCAAGGGCCAUGGGAAAGAAGAGAAGAACGGCUAACAGGACAGGCGGACAGAUAAUGCAGAACGAGGAAAUAACCCAAAAGAAGGACGGAGCUGGCCGGAGAAGAAUUGCAAAGAAAACCCAAGGGGUCGGACACGUGGUGGCAGAAGGACCGGUGGAAACUACUGAUUUUUCAUCAGGUAAUGAGUCGGAGGAGGAUGCACGAGCGUUCACCUCUUUAAGGCACGACCCGUUACACAAAAACUUUGAAAUUGCAAAUAAUUCCAUUGAUUUCACUCCUUCACAAGAAUCUAGCAUUCAUGACACAGUGGGGGAACACGUGCCUUUUAAAAUUAAGGAAAAAAUUUGGGAGGGAAAGUUUAUUGAGCUGCAUUCUCUUUUGAGAACGCAAAAAGCAAUGGAAGAGGUGGACGAGGGCGAUUUGAAAUUAAAAAGGGGAAAAAUUUGCAUUGAAAAAAGAUCGUCGAGUGUUAAUUUGUCCAUAAAUGAAUGGACUUCAGCAUUCAUGGUUUUUAUGAGUGUCUACAUUGAGAAAUACUGCACACGGGCACAGGAAUUGUUAAAAUAUAUGCGCGAUAUAAGACUAGCGGCAACGAGGUCAGAAAACUGGGCCACCUAUGACGAGCAAUUUAGGCUAAAAAUAGAGAAGAAUCCAAAUUUAUCUUGGGGAAAUAUACACGGUGAAUAUUGGCUAUUACACAUCACAUCUCCCAUAGUACAAAACAGCGUGUCAGUGCAAUCACAGGGUUAAAGGACAAAUACACAACAUCCGCUAAUCUGAUGAUUAUAAAUUCCUAACUGUCAGUAUUAAUUAUAAGCC